CAUGAAAAGAUUUGGUUGGGAUAGAAUUGCUAUAUUUACAUCUUUGGAUAAACAUUAUUAUUUUGAAAAUUUACGCUCUUUUCGAUAUAUGCUCCAAAAGUUGAUUAAUAUAAAAGAAUUACCAUUAAUACUAACUAAUUCAUCUAAUAGAGAAAAUGAUUUAGAAACGAUGAAGGCUAGAGGUUUGAGAAUAGGUCUCCUUACGGCUACUAAUCUCUACGAUACGAGGAGAAUAUUAAAUCUGGCCCAGAAAAAGGAUAUGCUUUACAACGGAUGGGGAUGGAUAAUGGAUUUAGAUGUCAGUGAUAAAUUCUUUACCGAGAAUUAUGAUAUAAGUUAUUCCUUAUUUUUAAUCGAUCUUAUCGGUUUAAUGGGAAUACGAUAUUCGGAAAAUGGUUGGCGAUCUUCGGUAUUGAAAAGAACAUUUUCAGGUUUAGAGAAUUUUUUGGAUAAAGAGGAUUCUUUAAAAUCGAAUGAUAGCAAGUACAAAGUACCAAAAUCGAUUUGUAAUAAUGGAAUAUACUCUAAUCCAUAUGGGAUUAAAAUGAUUGAAUAUGUUCGAGAGAUAUCAUUAGCCACCAUAGAAAUUAAUUUAGAUGAACCGGAAGGAAGCUUUAAAAUUGACUGGAAUCCUUAUUUAGAGAACAUAGUAACUUUUUUUGGUUCAACCAAUACCAAGCCAAAAUCUUUCUCUAAUACGCUAGAUGGCGUUCAUCUAACAUUUACGGCGUGGCCAUUCGUUCCUGAAAUGCAAUUUGUUGAUAAAAAGUAUGAGAAAGCAACCAAUUGGGAGAUAAUCUAUCAUUCGAAUUCGACGAGCGUUCCCCCGAUUAGAGGUUUAGUUUGGGAGAUGCUAGAACAUAUACGAAACACUUUAAAAUUUUCCUAUACAUUAAGGAUAAUGGACUUAGUUAAGAUUAGGAAAACUUUUCCCAAUGAACCGCAGGGCGUUAUUCGAUUGUUGGCUGAGAAUGAGGUCGAUAUAGGGCUAGCCACUUUUUUUUCAACGCAAUCUUAUAAAAAAUAUGUUAAAUUUGGAAAUACAAUCUGGAAGACCAAAUUGGUUGGUUUGACGGCUCAUGAAAAUAUCCCUGUAGGGUUUUCAAGCUUUUUUAAUGUUGUUGACUAUCGUAUUAUUAUAUAUUUACUGGUUCUUCAAUUCAUUGGAUAUAUUCUAUUAAUUAUAUACGGAGCUUUCGAGGACAAGAAACAAAGAGAGCGCAGCUUUAUCGUUUGGCAUUUGGCUUGUCUAGUAUUUGAUCAGGUUUCUACUAUUAGUUUAACUAAUUUAACCAAUAGACGCUUGGUGAAAUUGGUCUUGAGCUUAAAUUUCAUAAUGGUUCUCUUUGUGCUUUAUCCUAGUGCUAGAAUAGCAAGAUUGGUUCAGUUUUCUAAUGAAAGACAAAUAUACGAUUAUAAAACUCUGUAUAUAUUUUUAAAUACUCAAAAAUUCCUAGGAGAAGUUAUUAAUAUGGAAUUACCAUCAACUCGUAAGCACUUUGGUCUUACCAGUGGAUAUAUGAAACUUGAAAAGAGGAUUGUCAUAAAUAGAUCUUUGGAGCACUAUACGUCCGUAAUCGAGGAUAUUACAAAUUUACUAUUACCAAAGAGCUCAAAUUCCCUGUCUUCUUCGGUGGUCUACGAAGGUUUCGUUCAACGUAUCAAUGAAAUUAUCUCCAGAUCGGAAUGUCGAUUAAAAAAGAUUGAAACCCUUCCCUUAAGCGUGCCGUUGUCUUCAGCCGUCCGAUUUAAUUUAGCCGCUCGUAAGCAUAUCCUCAACUAUUACGAAUCUUACGAAACAAUGUUAUUCGCUUCUGAAAUGUUUCAUCACCAUUUUGAUCAAAUCCCAUUGGCAAAAUAUAAACAUUGUCCCAAUAGACUACAGGAAUUAGGCAAAUCCAAAUUUACAGAUGAAAAGUCAAUCUUUAUCUUUCUAUUUAUAUCUACGCUUAUUCUAGUAAUAGUAGGCCUACCGCUUGAAUAUUACCUAUCUUCAAAGAAGCAACUUAAAUCCCAAAACGACAAAGAAAUAGAAUUACCAGAAAUCCAAUCGCAAACAAUUAAAAAUUAUUGGAUUAUAGCGUUCGAUAUGGCGAAAUUAAGAUUAAGAGUUGUAUGUCAGAAACUACAAAUGAAAAAUGUAUUGAGAUCAGUUUUAAAAUCCCCAUUUGCCAGAUCAGAAUCGGAUGAAGGAUCGACUGGAAUUUGUACUACAUCUACGGGGCAAACGUUUUCAUUAUCGAAAAGUAGUUCACUAACACCUCCCGUAAUCCACAAGGGAAGAUAA